AUGGGAUCCACCGAUUACAAGUUUGAGGGCUGGAUGGGCCUUGACAAGGAGGCGGCCAAUGGCAAAAUGGUUUGGCAGGAGUUCGAGCCCAAGCCUUGGGAAGAGACCGAUAUUGAUAUGAAAGUCACGCAUUGUGGUAUUUGUGGCUCGGACAUGCAUACGCUGCGCAGUGGAUGGGGUCCAACUACUUACCCAUGCUGUGUUGGGCAUGAGGUCGUCGGCAUCGCUGUUCGGGUCGGCUCCAAGGCCGAAGGAAAUAUCAAGGUCGGCGACCGGGUGGGUGUGGGUGCACAGAGCGGUGCUUGCCUGAAUAAGGAUGGUGAUUGUGAGGCUUGCGCAACUGGCUUGGAGCAACACUGCAACCGCAUGGUCGGCACAUACAAUGGAACAUUUGCCAAUGGAGGCAAGUCCUACGGCGGAUACUCGUUGUAUAACCGAUCACCCUCGCACUUUGUCGUCAAGAUUCCCGACGCUAUUCCCUCCGCAGAAGCCGCGCCCAUGCUUUGUGGUGGUAUCACGACAUACUCCCCUCUAAAGCAGCAUGGCUGUGGUCCUGGCAAGAGGGUCGGCAUCAUCGGUGUUGGUGGACUGGGUCACUUUGGUAUUCUCUUCGCCAAGGCUUUGGGUGCCGACUACGUCGUAGCAAUCUCUCGCAAGGCCAACAAGAAGGCAGAUUCGCUUAAGCUUGGAGCGGAUGCCUACAUCGCGACAGAUGAAGAUGUAGACUGGGCCCAGAAACAUGCGCAGUCCCUUGACCUUAUCAUUUCGACGGUGUCCUCCUCCAAGAUGCCCAUUAUCCAGUACUCUCAACUGCUCCGGACCCGGGGCACUUUUGUACAGCUGGGUGCUCCCGAAGACGGCGGUCUUGAGAUUCCAGCAUUCGCAUUGAUUAUGAAGGGAAUCAAGUUGGGCGGCUCACUGAUCGGUAGCCCCGAGGAAAUCCGAGAGAUGCUGGAGCUGGCCGCGAUUAAGAACAUCCACCCAUGGGUGGAAGAGCGACCCAUGAAGGAGGCCAACCAGGCCAUCCAGGAUAUGGACGCUGGAAACGCUCGGUACCGCCUGGUCUUGGUGAACGAGUGA